UCUCUCUUUCCGCUCUGCCUAACGACUUCCGCUUUUGAGCCCGUCAACAUGGAGACGGCGGCUGCGGGGCCGGGCGGCCUCUGAGCAGUGGCGGAGGCGCGGCGCUGCCGGGCUGCGGCCACACGGCUUCCCCGCCCUCCGUGCCUCCCCCGCCCCUCGCCUCCAUCCCCGAGGCCGGCGGCUAGGCGAUCCAUGGGGGCGGGCCUCUGCGGGCGGAGCGCGGCUUCCUGUUCUGAAGCUUCCCGGCGGUAGGCGGCGGCUCCACUGCCCGCGCCCCGCCGCAGAAGGCGCGGUGACCGACUGCCCGGGAGGCUCCGGGGCUACAUCUCGUGCCGCUGCACCGAUCCUAGCCCCUUUGCCGCCAUGGCCCCGGUACAGCUGGAGAAUCACCAGCUGGUCCCGCCCGGAGGAGGCGGCGGCGGUAGCGGCGGCGGCGGCGGCGGGGGCAGCGGUGGCCCGGCUUCAGCGCCUGCUCCUCCUCCUCCCGGAGCCGCCGUGGCGGCUGCUGCUGCAGCUGCAGCUAGCCCUGGCUAUCGACUGAGCACUCUGAUCGAAUUUCUGCUCCACCGGGCCUACUCAGAGCUCUUGGUGUUAACGGAUCUAUUGCCAAGGAAAUCUGAUGUGGAAAGGAAAAUAGAAAUAGUGCAGUUUGCAAGCCGAACCCGCCAACUGUUCGUUCGGUUAUUAGCUUUAGUAAAAUGGGCUGAUAAUGCUGGCAAAGUGGAAAAAUGUGCGAUGAUCUCGAGCUUUUUAGACCAGCAAGCCAUCCUGUUUGUGGACACUGCCGACCGCCUGGCCUCAUUAGCUAGAGAUGCUUUGGUCCAUGCGCGCCUGCCUAGUUUUGCCAUUCCAUAUGCCAUUGAUGUGCUUACUACCGGGUCUUACCCACGGCUGCCAACCUGCAUUAGGGAUAAAAUUAUUCCUCCAGACCCAAUUACCAAGAUUGAGAAACAAGCCACACUUCAUCAGCUGAAUCAGAUUCUGAGACAUCGUCUUGUGACCACAGACCUUCCUCCUCAGUUAGCAAAUCUUACAGUUGCAAAUGGCCGGGUCAAGUUCCGAGUUGAAGGAGAAUUUGAAGCCACCUUGACUGUGAUGGGAGAUGACCCUGACGUUCCAUGGCGUCUUCUCAAGCUCGAAAUUCUAGUUGAGGAUAAAGAAACAGGAGACGGACGAGCUUUGGUUCACAGUAUGCAAAUCAAUUUCAUCCAUCAGCUGGUACAGUCUAGGCUCUUUGCUGAUGAGAAACCUCUGCAAGACAUGUACAACUGCUUACAUUCCUUCUGCUUAUCACUGCAGUUAGAAGUUUUGCACUCCCAAACUCUAAUGUUAAUCCGAGAGCGCUGGGGAGACCUCGUGCAAGUGGAAAGGUACCAUGCUGGAAAGUGCCUCUCUCUCUCAGUUUGGAAUCAACAGGUUCUUGGGAGAAAGACAGGGACAGCAUCUGUUCACAAAGUUACAAUUAAAAUUGAUGAGAAUGAUGUUUCCAAGCCUUUACAGAUUUUUCAUGAUCCUCCUUUGCCAGGAUCUGAUUCCAAAUUAGCAGAAAGAGCUAUGAGGAUUGAACAUUUAUCAAUAGAAAAACUGUUGAUUGACAGUGUCCAUGCAAGAGCUCAUCAGAAGCUCCAGGAACUGAAGGCUAUUCUUAGAGGUUUCAAUUCCAAUGAAAACUCUUUCAUAGAGUCAGCACUUCCUGCACUUGUUGUGCCCAUCUUAGAACCCUGUGGUAAUUCGGAAUGUCUGCACAUUUUUGUCGAUUUGCAUUCUGGAAUGUUCCAAUUGAUGCUUUAUGGACUUGACCAGGCCACCCUGGAUGACAUGGAGAAGUCUGUGAAUGAUGAUAUGAAACGGAUCAUUCCUUGGAUUCAACAACUUAAAUUUUGGCUUGGACAACAGCGUUGCAAACAAUCAAUAAAGCAUCUGCCUACAAUAAGCAGUGAAACAUUGCAACUUUCCAAUUACUCAACUCAUCCUAUCGGAAACCUAUCUAAGAAUAAGCUGUUCAUUAAACUUACCCGUCUUCCUCAAUACUACAUUGUUGUGGAGAUGCUGGAGGUACCCAAUAAACCCACACAACUCUUGUACAAGUACUACUUCCUGUCUGUGAACAGCACUGAGCGUGAGGACAGCCCUGUUGUGGCGCUGGUGCUACAGCAGUUCAAGGAAGCCCAGGACUUUGUUUUUCAAACAAAAACCGGGAAGCCGACCAGAACUGGAACCAAACGGAAGUUAUCUGAUGAUCCAUGUCCAGUAGAAUCCAAGAAGACCAAACGAUCGGGAGAAAUGUGUGCCUUCAAUAAAGUUCUAGCUCACUAUGUUGCUAUGUGUGAUACAAAUAUGCCAUUUGUAGGACUUCGGUUAGAGUUGUCCAAUCUUGAGAUUCCACAUCAAGGUGUACAAGUGGAAGGUGACGGUUUCAGUCAUGCAAUUCGCUUGUUAAAAAUUCCUCCCUGUAAGGGUGUCAGUGAGGAAACACAAAAGGCUCUGGACCGCUCUCUUCUUGAUUGUACUUUCCGAUUACAAGGUAGAAAUAAUCGCACGUGGGUGGCAGAGUUGGUGUUUGCAAAUUGUCCACUAAAUGGCACUUCGACCAGGGAGCAAGGACCAUCCCGGCAUGUUUAUCUGACAUAUGAAAAUUCAUUGUCCGAACCUGUUGGAGGUAGAAAAGUGGUUGAAAUGUUCCUUAAUGACUGGAAUAGCAUUGCGCGACUCUACGAGUGUGUGUUGGAAUUUGCACGUUCUCUGCCAGACAUACCUGCUCAUUUAAAUAUUUUCUCAGAAGUUCGUGUUUAUAAUUACCGAAAGCUCAUCUUGUGCUAUGGGACCACCAAAGGGAGCUCAAUUAGUAUCCAAUGGAAUUCCAUCCAUCAGAAGUUUCACAUUUCAUUGGGAACUGUUGGCCCUAACUCAGGUUGCAGUAAUUGUCACAAUACCAUUCUCCAUCAGCUUCAAGAAAUGUUCAAUAAAACACCAAAUGUGGUUCAGCUAUUACAGGUACUAUUUGAUACUCAGGCUCCACUAAAUGCCAUCAACAAACUCCCCACUGUGCCAAUGUUAGGCUUGACGCAGAGAACCAACACUGCCUACCAGUGCUUCUCCAUUCUGCCACAAUCUUCUACCCACAUCAGACUGGCCUUCAGGAACAUGUAUUGCAUUGAUAUAUACUGCCGGAGUCGAGGUGUUGUGGCAAUACGAGAUGGUGCAUAUAGUCUUUUUGAUAACAGCAAGUUAGUUGAAGGUUUUUAUCCUGCACCAGGACUAAAGACGUUCCUGAAUAUGUUUGUUGACAGCAAUCAGGAUGCUCGGAGAAGGUCUGUGAAUGAGGAUGAUAAUCCACCGUCUCCUAUAGGAGGAGAUAUGAUGGAUUCGUUAAUAUCACAACUACAGCCACCACCCCAGCAACAGCCAUUUCCAAAGCAGCCAGGAACAUCAGGCGCUUACCCUCUUACUUCACCCCCUACGUCUUACCACAGCACAGUGAAUCAGUCUCCCUCUAUGAUGCACACACAGUCUCCAGGAAAUCUGCACGCUGCCAGCUCCCCCAGCGGGGCUUUGAGAGCCCCGUCACCUGCGUCCUUUGUUGCCACUCCUCCCCCAUCCUCGCAUGGAAUCUCCAUAGGACCAGGGGCCAGUUUUGCUAGUCCACAUGGAGCUCUUGACCCUAGUUCCCCUUACACUAUGGUGUCACCAAGUGGCCGAGCAGGGAAUUGGCCAGGGUCUCCACAAGUGUCUGGCCCCUCACCAGCAACGCGCAUGCCAGGAAUGUCACCCGCUAACCCAUCCCUACAUUCUCCAGUUCCAGAUGCUUCUCAUUCCCCUCGUGCUGGAACAAGUUCCCAAACAAUGCCAACGAACAUGCCUCCACCUCGGAAACUACCUCAGCGCUCUUGGGCGGCAUCCAUACCCACCAUCCUCACGCACAGUGCCUUGAACAUUUUACUGCUGCCCUCUCCAACGCCAGGCCUCGUGCCCGGCCUGGCAGGUAGUUACCUUUGUUCGCCACUUGAGAGAUUUCUUGGAUCAGUCAUCAUGAGACGACAUCUUCAAAGAAUUAUUCAACAAGAAACGCUGCAGCUGAUAAAUUCUAAUGAACCUGGAGUGAUUAUGUUUAAGACUGAUGCACUAAAAUGUAGAGUAGCCCUUAGUCCCAAAACCAACCAGACCCUUCAGCUAAAAGUGACACCUGAAAAUGCAGGCCAGUGGAAACCUGAUGAACUUCAGGUUUUGGAAAAGUUCUUUGAAACAAGGGUUGCUGGACCGCCAUUUAAAGCCAAUACACUAAUAGCCUUCACCAAGCUGUUAGGAGCCCCCACACACAUCCUCAGGGAUUGUGUGCAUAUUAUGAAGCUAGAGCUGUUCCCUGACCAGGCAACACAGCUAAAAUGGAACGUCCAGUUUUGUCUAACGAUCCCUCCCAGUGCACCCCCUAUUGCACCUCCUGGGACGCCUGCUGUGGUGCUGAAAUCCAAAAUGCUAUUUUUUCUUCAGCUAACACAGAAAACAUCGGUCCCUCCCCAAGAACCUGUUAGUAUCAUAGUUCCCAUCAUUUAUGACAUGGCUUCAGGUACAACCCAACAGGCAGAUAUUCCCAGGCAGCAGAACUCUUCUGUUGCUGCUCCCAUGAUGGUCAGCAACAUCCUGAAGAGGUUUGCAGAGAUGAAUCCACCACGACAAGGUGAAUGCACAAUAUAUGCAGCUGUUCGUGAUUUAAUGGCUAAUCUUACACUGCCCCCUGGUGGGCGUCCAUAGACACUAUUGUUUUUAAACCAGGAAGGCUGACAGAUGAGACAAAACAACACAUACAAAAAUCUGAAUUCAGCCUUCUGUUUAAAAAAGAAAAAGGACUUCUUUUUUUUUUUUUAACUUUAAGAGCUAAAUAUAAACUGGCAAAAAUUUUCAGGGUGCACUUCUUCUUUCAUCAAAAAGACCAUCAAAUUUUUUGUAUAGUGAACUUGUAUAGUAUGUUCAAAUGGGACACAGUUUCAAACUAGGUAUUACGUCAGUGUCCGCUUGCCAGUAAUAGAUUUAAUAAUCUGUUUUAUACUAUAAAGUUAUGAAAAUGCCAAACUUGUUUAUUUAAUUGUUUUCUUAUGUUUUGGGUGUAAUAGUCUUUUUUUUUUUUUUUUUUUUUUUGGUUUUUGUUUUGUUUUGUUUUAAGGCAGGUCUGUCAUUUUUGAAUACUGUAAAACUGUGAUAAACUUUAUAUUGAAGCUGUAUUUUAAUAUGACCGCUUUGAAUCAUUACAUGAAUAUGUUUUGGGAGCUGUUAUAAACACAUCCCAAAAAAGCAAUAUUUAAUAAAACUAGGUUUAAAAAAAAAAGAAAAAGAAAAAAAAAAUGACACUCACUUGUGUGUAUACAAACUCUAUAGCCUCUGAGGGCCUCUGUUCAUUUUAACCUGGUUGGGCCAGUAAUUCAUUUUUAUUAAUACAUGUUAUGAAAUUUGACCAAAAACAUCUUCUUUGUUGUAAGGUUAAUUUAUUCAAAUGUUCCUAAUUUGGUUGGUGGUAAACAUUUAGUACCUCAAUUUUCUUUCAGUAUAGGAUAUGGGUAAAAAUACAAAGAACCCAGUCUUUAUUAAAAUAGAGACAGAAAGUGGUUCAUAUUGGUCAAGGAUCCCAGAUAAUGCAAUCAUUCUCAUCUGUUGAGGAUAUGAGAACUUUUUUUGCUGGGCAAAUUCAGUUUACAGGAUACUUCUGCAUGUAGCAUUAAUUAGGAAACAAAGAACUUUAAUGCUCUACCUUUGCAUGAAGUGUCUGUGAUGUUUCUUUAUCUUGCUUAACUUCUUGCCUUCCUCACCCAAGUUGGGGUUGUUCAUUGUCAACAAAAUAAUAGACUGUUUUGCUUGGAAGAAAACAGGUCCAGUUCUUGGAGCUUUAAGAAUCAAGAUCCAGGGCCGGUCCAGGGUCAAAUGGAGUUUCUGGUACCGACACAUCUCAGCAAGGUUUCUUUUUGGAGCACUCUGCUGUCUCUCCCAGUCAGUCGGGGACUUGUUAAGCUUCAAAGAACAUGAUCUGAAGUGAAGGUCUUCUGGUGACUUGAUGCUGUUGGAAAAGUUUUUAAAAUGAUUAUACCAUGCUAAAUUUUAUGGUCACUGUAAUAAUAGUUCUCCAUUAAAUUUUGGAUGCUUUGUCUAAUUCCACUUUAAGCUGAUUUAAUUGAGCUUCUGUGCCUAUCCACUACCUGAUUCUAGUUUCAAGCAUCUCACUACAACUAUAUCAUGUCUGUUCGCUUGGUUCUCCAUUCACUUCCGGUCAGAGUUGAGGCCUUCUUUGCCCUUCUUCUAUGUCUUAUUUCUGCUUUCAUCUGCUGCUUCUCACCCAACUCUGCACUAUUAGGAGCAGGUGACUAAACUUUUAUCCUUCCUUUAUGGCUGCCUUUUUCCUCCUCCUGUUUGCAGUUCUCCUUACAACGGUAAUCGCAUCAGUUUGGCAAUCUGAGAUGUCUUUAUCAAGGAUCAGCCCCUUUUUGUGUGGAGCUGGAUCCUGUCUUUCAUGUAGAAUUCUACAUGUAUAUACAAGAAAUGUAUUUUUAUCUGCAGGAUAAUAUUGUUUCAAAAUAAUUUUAUUAAUAGAGUUCACUUUUCGGGUAUUUUCCCUUUUUAAGUGUGGUUUUGAAAUGUUAAUUGCAGUUUUGUACACGAUGCAUUCAGUGGACACCUUUUUUUCUCCUGAGUAUAACUCUCCUCGGAAUGCAUUGUGCAAAUGCAAACGAAGAUAGGAUUCAUUGAACAGAAUUUGCUUUUGAUGCUUAUUAUGAACCCCUGAAUUUGAAUUUUAUAUCAUGCUUGGUACUUGGAAUUAAUAUCCCUUAUUAAAGCUUGAAACCAUUUA